AUGUGGGGGGCGAGUUAUGUUAAGGCUCACCGACGCAAUUUUAUGAGCCUAGUUCAGGGCGGCCGAUCUCUGGCUGAAUAUGAAGCUGAGUUUCUGCGACUAAGUAGGUAUGCGUGGACUUUGGUAGCAACCGACUACGAUAAAUGUGUGCGAUUUGAAGAGGGAUUGAGAUAUGAUCUAUGGGUUCUGAUAGCUUCUCAGAGGGAGCGGGUUUUUGUGGUCCUAGUUGACAAAGCAAAAAUAGUGGAAGAAGUGAAGCGCACUGAGCGCGAGCGACGUGAUCGUGAGAAGGAUCAGAAUAAUAUUAAGAGGGAUUCAGGUCAACGUCCUAAGAAGCGGGCGAGGUUUGACAGGCCUCCGAAAGUCAAGGCACCAACUGUAGUGAAUUCAGUGCUAGCUGUGGUACAAACUUCGGCUCCAAAUUUUGUUUGGCCUCUAAGAGAGGUUCAACAACCAUUUAGAGGCCGUGGUACUGGUAGGGGUGGUAAUAGAUCUAGGAGAGGACAAAGAGCACUGGGUAGAGGUGCAGGUACCUUAUUUAUUUAUUCUGUUCCAUAUUAUGAUCUCAUUGAUAUUGGCUUUAUUCACUCGUACAUAGCUAGUGUUGUUUCUGUAAAUCUGGGUUUAACUGCUGAGAAUACUUCUAGAGAGUUUUCUGUGAUUAGUCCUUUGGGUCAGUCAAUUCGAGUUGAUAGAGUAUACAUGCGGGUACCCCUAGAGCUCUAA